AUGGAGAAGAAAUGGGUAUUCUCAUUACUAAUAACAUCUCUUGUUUGCGUUUUCCUCAUCGUAACUUACUUUAACAUGAGUCUAUUAUUGUCUUCACUUCGACCACCAAAUGAAACUUCCCCACAUUCCAAAGUUGACAAGCUCCCACGUUUCGCCUACCUUGUGUCGGGAUCUAAAGGAGAUCUUGAAAGCCUCUGGAGGACUCUUAGAGCAAUGUACCAUCCAAGAAAUCAAUACAUUGUUCACAUGGAUCUUGAAUCACCCCUUGAAGAGAGACUAGAGCUUGCUUCUCGCAUCAGUAAUGAUUCCAUGUAUUCCACGAUUGGUAAUGUCUAUAUGAUAACCAAAGCUAAUCUUGUGACCUAUACCGGACCAACAAUGGUGGCCAAUACCCUUCACGCAUGUGCCAUUCAUCUUAAGAGAAGCCCGGAUUGGGAUUGGUUUAUCAAUCUCAGUGCUUCAGAUUAUCCACUUGUGACUCAAGAUGAUUUGCUGUAUACGUUUUCAACUUUGGACCGUAAUCUCAACUUUAUCGACCACAGAAGUCGCUUAGGUUGGUGGAAAACUAAAUACCGAGCAAUGCCAUUAAUGAUUGAUCCUGCACUCUACAUGCUAAACAAAUCAGACAUAUUUUGGGUCAGGCCCGGCCGAAGUUUACCAAAUGCGUUUAAGUUACAUACUGGAUCAGCUUGGAUGGUUCUCUCGCGCCCAUUCGUGGAGUAUAUCAUCUGGGGUUGGGACAACUUACCAAGAACUUUACUAAUGUAUUACACAAACUUUGUUUCCUCUCCUGAGUUUUACUUCCACACAAUCAUAUGUAACGUGCCUGAGUUCUCCAAAACCGCGGUGAACAAUGAUCUUCACUACAUUGCGUGGCACAGACGGCCGAAGCAGCAUCCUCUCUUUUUGUCCCUAACACACAUGAGACCCAUGAUUGCGAGCGGUGCUGCAUUUGCUCGAAAAUUCAGAACAAAUGACAGUGCUUUGGAUAGGAUCGAUAAGGAACUGCUUAUGCGUACGAACAAAGAGGGCUUCACUCCUGGUGGGUGGUGCGGUUGGAAACCUGAGUGCUCGGUUGUGGAAGACGUGGAUAGGAUCAGACCUGGCUUAGGGGCAGAGAGGCUCAAGAGGCUUUUAGAUAGGCUAGUUGCAGAAGCUAAAUCAGGAAAAAAUCAGUGCGAAAUAGAGUCAAUGAAUCAAGCUUAA